CGCAAUGAAGGUCGGGACUCUCUGGAACGCUUCCCCACACUGACAGGUGACAAUCAGGGAUUCGAACCGAUCGAGCAUCCCCCGCAGCAGGAUUAAAAAAAAAAAAAAAAAGAAAUCCACCUUUUCAAUCGUUGCUGAAGAGGACAGGAGCUGCACCGAUGGAGAAGAAGGCUGCGAAUUUGGAGAAAUCCCACCUGGUCCACGAGAAGAGCGCAAAAAUGUAUUCUCUGAAACUGCAAAGCUCCUUCCCAGACCCCAAAGAGCAGUAUUCCAGCUUCCCUUUUAAGAAUGGAGGCGUGUCUGGAGCCAUCGAGCUGAAACGACCCGUCGGAGUCCACUGCCACCACAGCAAAGCCUCAAGGUGCGAGGAGAACGUCGACAAGCUCCUGGCCAAGAAGAAGCUCUGCAUUGCUGCAGCCAUCUGCCUCAUUUUCAUGAUUGGUGAAGUCAUAGGGGGCUACCUGGCCCACAGCCUGGCCAUCAUGACGGAUGCUGCCCACCUCCUGACAGACUUUGGCAGUAUGAUGGUGAGCCUGUUCUCCCUGUGGAUCUCCUCCAGACCUCCCACUAAGACCAUGAACUUUGGGUGGCACAGAUCAGAGAUCCUCGGGGCGUUCAUCUCCGUCAUGUCCAUCUGGAUCGUCACGGGCGUUCUGGUCUAUUUAGCCAUCGAGAGGAUUAUAUGCAACGAUUACGAGAUCAAUGGUCACGUGAUGUUAGUCACCUCUGGCUGCGCCGUCAUCGUCAACAUCAUCAUGGCCUACAUCCUUCAUCACUCCACCACAUUCCACGGCCACGGCAGCGGUUACCAACAGAUUGACGAGGACGGUCAGAGUCCUGUCAUUCAGGGGCACGCCCACACACUCCUUGGCGCCUACGGCAACACCAGCAUCCGUGCAGCAUUUAUCCACGUGGUCGGCGACUUGCUGCAGAGUGUCGGCGUCAUGGUGGCAGCAAUCAUCAUCUACUUUCGGCCUGAUUAUAAAGUGGCCGACCCCAUUUGUACAUUCUUGUUCUCGGCUUUUGUCCUCUGCACCACCAUCACCAUCAUCAGAGACGUGUUCAGGAUACUCAUGGAAGGGUCUCCAAAAGGAAUCGAGUUUAACUCUGUGAAGGAGGUGCUGCUGUCUGUGAAGGCUGUAAAGUCCAUGCACAGUCUGCACCUCUGGGCUCUGACUCUGGGGCAGGCGCUCAUCUCCGUUCACCUCACUAUCGAGGAGGAAACCGACCCCCAGUCGGUGCUGCAGGAGGCCACCGAACUCCUCUACAACAAGUUUGGCUUCUACAGCGUCACUAUCCAGGUGGAGCACUUCUCUGAAGACAUGAGACACUGCUCCCACUGCCAGGACCCCAGCGACUGAGCCCCGAGCUCCG